AUGGUUGCCAACUACCACGCCCUCGAGCACCAAGGCUGCUCGCUGCCGCACCUCCUUCUGCUCUGCGCACCGCGCAUGGCCAUCCAGAUGGCGUGGGCGGCGCAGUGGGCGGCGUUCGGCCCGACGCUCGAGACGCGCCUCGCGUCUUGGGCCGUCCAGCUUGUCCAGAUCACAGGCCCGAUCACGGGACUGCUCGUGUGCCCCACCAUUGGAGUCUUUAGCGACCACUGCACCUCGCGCUUUGGCCGGCGCCGGCCGUUCCUCGUUGUCGGCACGCUCGCGACCGUCGUUGUCUGGGUGCUCAUGAUGUGCACGUCGUACAUUAGUGAUUCGUGGCGCACGGGCUACAUGGUCACGCUCUACGUCCUCAGCGGCGCCGCCGUCAAUACAGCGCAGGUGCCGGCGUCGCUUAUCAUUGCCGACUUUGCCGGCGACCGCCAAGUGACAGCGUACAGCAUUGCGCAGGCCUACAGUAUAGUCGGGUCGCUCGUCGUCUCGGGCUAUAUUUCGGUCUUUGGACCUGCGCACGAGUCGUUCAUGCGCUUCAUGGCCAUGCUGAUUGUCAUCUUGAUCGUGACCGUCCUCCCCGUCGUAUUUUGCGUCAAAGAGACGCCCUUUGUGCCCGAGACGCCGCUCCAAAGUGACGUCAAGAACGGGUUCCUUGCCGUCUACCAUGGUAUCAAGUUCCUUCCGCGGCUCCUUACCGUCUACUGCAUCGGCUUUGUGCUGCUCGAGUUUGGCUUUGCGGGCUACAACGGCAACAAGAACCAGUACUUUGGCCUCGUCCUCAACGACGGGAACGCCACGGGCGCCGACAAGUGCCCUAAAUGCGACGCGCCGCAGCAGCGCUACAGUGACGGCGUCUCGUUGGCGUCCGGCCUCGUCGACACGCUCCACCUUGCCUUUGGCUUGCUCUACCUCUUUGUGCUACCGACGAUCGUCCGCAAGUUUGGCGCGCGGCGCGUCAUCGUGUUUAGCAUUGUGCCGCAGACUCUCCUCGUGCUCAUCUUCUUUGUCCGAAGCAAGAUCCUCACGGCCGUCGUCGUGACUGGCAUGUCGGUGACCCAAAACAUGGUUUUUUCCAUGCAAAUUCCCGUAAUUUUGCAUGUCGUGGGGUACGGCGAACUCAACGGCCUCGGUAUGUUUGCCGGCGCCUUCAACUCGGCCAACUGCCUCGGCCAGCUUCUCACGUUUGCUCUGUCGCCGAUCCUUGUGACCACGUCGCUGACGCACGCGCUGCCGAUUCUUGUCGGCGGUGUCGUGACCAUUCUGGCCUUUCUCGUGGCAUUUUUCAAAUUUGACAUUCGCAUGACCACGGUCUAGACCACGGUUUAGACCAUGUCUAGUAUUAUUAC